AUGUCUGACAAGGCACCUUCCACCCUCCAGUCCUACGUGGACUCUGCUACCGGAGCUGUCCAGAGUGCUCUUGGAAGCCUGACUGGAAACACAGGCGACCAGGCCAAGGGCGACGCCAAGAAAGAUGACGCCAAAGUUGAGCAUGAAGCUUCACAGGCAUCUGUCAAGGUCCCUGGAGCCACUGUGUCCAGUGACGGAGGCGUCAGCAAGGACCACCCUGAUCGUGCCGCAGGCAACUGGAAUCAGACCGUUGGCUCGGCCAAGGAGGCUGUUGGUGGCUUGGUUGGCAGCGAGAAUUUGAAGUCCGCCGGUCGUGAACAGAACCUCGAGGGUCAACAACAGGAGGCCAAAGGCCAGCUCAACGACUUGGGCUCUGGCAUGGCCGCUCGUGCUCAGGGUACCGUCGGAGGCGCCAUUUCUAACAUCACUGGUGACAAGGAGGGGCAGGCUCAUUACGACCAGAUGCGAGCUGACGGCAAGGCUCAACAGCGAGGCGUGGAGCACGAUCUCGAGAAGCGGGCCGAGGCCGAGCAAAAGAAGGAAUGA